AUAAAAGUUGGCCAACAUCGCAAUCUUCUUCACACAAUUCCUUCGUCUGUCUUCAGAAGAGCAGCUAAACAACCGAAACCAGCUAAAAAUGAAAUUGAUCGUCGCUGUCGCUUUCUUGGCCGUGGCCCUCGCCGCACCUCAAGGAGAUAAGAAGCCCAUCGAAAUUGUGUCGUCCAACAGCCAAGUGAACGCAGACGGCAGCUAUUCAUUCGAUUUCGAGUCUGCCGAUGAGACCAAAGUGUCUGAAAGUGGCAGCCAGAAACAAGUUGGUCCCAAACCGGAGGAUAUCGGGACCGUGUCCAAGGGCUCCUACUCGUUCACGACUCCCGACGGCGUCGUCCUCACCGUCAAUUGGGUGGCCGAUGAAAACGGAUUCCAGGCCACCGGCGACCACCUCCCCACUCCUCCACCCAUGCCCGAGCACGUCGUCAAGAUGCUCGCAGAUCUGAAGGCGGCCGGAGUCCUGUAAAUAAUU